AUGCAGCAGUUCUGGGAAAUCGAGGAAGUGUCUGAUGUUCCGAAGUUGUCAACCGAAGAAAUGGCUUGCGAAGCGCACUUUCUAUCAACGUACCAACGUGAUGAGAGCGGUAGAUUUAUAGUGCGGUUACCAUUCAACGAGAACGCUCCUAAAUUGGGUGACUGUCGUGCACUGGCCCUGAAGAGGUUCUUGAUCCAAGAAAAACGCUUGAUGAAUAAUCCAGAGCUACAGGCGCAGUACGUUGAGUUCAUUCAGGAGUACGAGGCUCUCGGCCAUUGUCGGGAGAUUUUUGAGGCCAAUGAUCCACCUAACCAGCAGAAGUAUUGUCUUCCUCAUCACGCGGUAUCACGUCCAUCCAGCUCGAGCACGAAGUAUCGGGUCGUUUUUAAUGGAAGUGCAAAGUCCUCAUUAGAGCAGCUGUCCUUAAACGAAGUUCUUCAAGUGGGUUCAGUAGUACAGAAUGAUUUGCAUUUCAUCAUUCUUCGCUUCAGAAAAUUUAAGAUUGCGUUUUCCGGGGACAUUGCCAAAAUGUACCGGCAAGUACUUCACGCGCCUCAAGACCGACGUUUUCUUCGUAUUUUCUGGAGAGCCCAUCCAUCACAACCACUGCGAGUUCUAGAACUUUGUUCGGUGACUUACGGAACAGCAUCCGCUCCUUACCUCGCGACAAGGUGCUUGGUACAGCUCGUCGAAGAAGAAGGCGAAUCUUUUCCUAUCGCCGCUCGCAUCGUGAAGGAAGAAACUUAUAUGGACGAUGUGCUUUCCGGUGCAGGCUCGAUAGAAGAGGCCAUCGUCGGAUUCCCGAUACGCAAGUGGUAUCAAGAAAAGAGGGUGCCGUUGGCUGAACGAGGAGUAAACGAGGCUAUCAAGGUUCUCGGACUGCUAUGGGAUUCAUCUGCCGAUACCUUGUACAUCGCAAAUGAUACGAAGCAGUUGCCGUAUCCUCAACACCGUAUCACUAAGAGGACGAUGUACUCAGAAAUCACAAAAUUUUUCGACCCUCUAGGAUUGAUCUCUCCAGUAAUUGUUUUGGCAAAACUCCUGGUUCAACGACUGUGGCAACUUAAGAUCGUAUGGGACGAUCCGGUCGAUGAAGACACAGCGCGACAAUGGAAUGAACUGCAAGUCUCGAUGUCUUUGCUAGCACACAUCGCCAUUCCAAGAUGCGUCACCUUUGAAGGAGCCAUUGCUCACGAGCUGCAUGGUUUUUCUGACGCCUCCACCGUGGCAUAUGGGGCUUGUAUCUACCUGCGUAGCCUAUUUGCCGACGGUUCAACCAAGCUGCGUCUACUUACCAGUAAGUCAAAGGUAGCUCCUUUGGAGGAAUUUUCAAUACCUCGCAAAGAGUUAUGCGCCGCGCGGCUAUUGACGCGGUUGUUAGUAAAAGUCAUACCUGCCUUGGAUAUGAAACUCCGAGAGAUUGUGCUUUGGUGUGACAGCACAAUUGUCCUGGCUUGGAUCAAGAAGCCGCUCAACCAGCUCCAGUUUGGAUACCGCUGGGAAUACGUUCGAUCGCAGCAGAACCCAGCCGACACCGUUUCUCGUGGUCAACUACCAGAGGGUUUGAAAGACAACAACCUUCGGUGGAACGGCCCCGAGUUUCUCCAGCGAGUGGUAUACGAUACCGAUACACCCGAAGAAAUUCCCGAACUUUCCGAAUUGAAAGAACCAGUCGUCAUUGCAGCUGUGAAUGUUGUACCAUUUCCGUUUUUCUCCAGAUACAGUAGCUUCCCUAUCAUACGCGUGGUUCAACAAGUUCACCUGGCUGACGAAAUUCAUCGAGUCAUCAACAAUGAACCCUGCAAGAAGUUGGCAAAUUUGCGUCCUGUUUUCACCAACGGCUUACUUCGUGUGGGUGGUCGAUUGGACCGCUCCCAUCUACCGUUUGAAAGCCGCCAUCCCAUCAUCUUAGCGGACAAGGACCCGGUAGUACGCCUUCUAAUCUGGCAAAUGCACAUCGAACAGCUUCACAUCGGGCAGUCUGGAUUGAUGAACGCCAUGAGACAACGUUACUGGCUUUUGAACGCUCGAUCAACAAUUCGGCAGAUUACACGCAAGUGUAUCAGAUGCUUCCGGGUUAACCCAACCAACACAACUCAACUAAUGGGGAACUUGCCAGUAUCAAGAGUGGUACCGUCGCCCCCAUUCGCAAUCACCGGUGUGGACUAUGCUGGCCAGUUUUUAAUAAAACAAGGUGGAAGCCGUCCGACCCUGGUCAAAGCUUACGUGGCUGUCUUCGUGUGCAUGACAACCAAGGCCGUGCAUUUAGAGGUGGUUUCCGACUUAAGCACGGAUGCUUUCUUGGCGUCGUUGAAGCGUUUCAUAGGCCGGAGAGGAUUAGUCCAGCAGCUGCACUCGGAUAACGCCACUAAUUUCCGAGGUGCUCAUCACGAAUUGAAUGAGUUGUUUCGACAAUUUCGAAGUCAGCAGUCUCAUUUCAUCCCGCCGGACGCACCAGAAUUCGGCGGGCUUUGGGAAGCUGCAGUUAAAUCCGCAAAGACACACCUGAAGCGCAUCAUCGGGAACGUAAGGCUGACGUUCGAAGAACUAACUACUGUUAUGGUUGAGAUCGAGGCUGUGAUGAACUCUCGACCACUUUUCUCCGUCUCCAACGAUUCAGCAGAUCCGACGGUUAUCACACCUGCCCACUAUUUAAUUGGACGCCCUCUUACUGCCAUCCCAGAACCGUCUCUGGAGGACAUCAAGGCAACCCGCCUUACGCGAUGGCAGCACCUACAACUGUUGCGGGAGCAUUUUUGGCGAGCGUGGAGUCGUGACUACCUAAAUACGCUCCAACCCCGAAAGAAGAAUCUACGUGCCAGACCAAACAUCCGUAACAAUAUGACUGUGUUGCUUCAUGAUCGGAACCAGCCCCCACUCAACUGGAAGUUGGGUCGAAUAACAGCUGUUUACCCUGGUGACGACGGUUUAGUUCGUACCGUUGACGUCAUGACUAUUAAAGCUAGCAGUGAAUCCUUGGAGUUGGAGAAACAAGCUGAAGAAAAAUCUAAAGAUGAGAACGAUGGCAAUGUCGAUGUUGAUAUUCUCGUGGAAGGAGGAGAGGAAGGCGAAAUUUUGCCUGGCAAAUCACAUGUAUACGCGGUAAUGGAAGUGAUUCUAUGUCUCCUGGCACGUCAAAUUCCUGCCAUGAACCCAUCGCAGAGCGCUCGCGUUACCACCGAACAACUGCAACGUCAGAUGACGCAAGCAAAAAAUGGCCGGUUCAAAUUAUCCGAGGACAACAGCCUGCUGGUGGCGACUGCCAUUCAAAGUAUGUCGGAUCUUACGAAGCUUUGCUCACCAACAGGCGCAGUGUCUAUUCUUCUGACAAUACUAUACCUCACCACCAGUGUCAUAAAAGAAGUGGCCACCAAAUCAAUCAAUGAUGAAACUAUCAUAGCCAAUUCUAACAUAAUCCAAGCGGCACUGCAACUGUUAUAA